GUUCCUCUUGACAUUUCUAUCUGGAUAAAAUGGCCGCGAAGUGGAAACAUCAUCGAGUCAAAAUAAAUAAUAUCUUACUUUACAAUGGUUAGAAUAAACGUUAAUAGAUUUUUAUACGCGUGCAUUUUGAUCAUUUGUAAUCUCACAUAUUUGAUAAUUCGUUUAAUACAACGACAUACCGAGAAAUUAAUUAACAGUUGGAACAAUAAAUGUAGAUCUGUCAAAAUUGUGCAUCGGAGUGAGAACUUUUUAAUAGUCGAUAAGCCCUACGACAUGUAUAUAAAUAGUAAUAAUCCUGACAGAAAAAAUACUCUCCAGUUAAAACUGCGAGAAAUGCUGCCGGACUUGGUUAACCCAAAACUGCGUCAUGAAUUUUAUUUCGUGCAUCGACUGGAUUAUCCUACAAGUGGCAUCAUGUGUAUAGCAUUAAAUAAAACGGCAGCCAGAGCAGCAUCGUUUGCUUUCGAGAAUCAAAAAGUACAAAAGUUUUAUUUGGCAUUGGUACACGGUCAUAUACACAAACCUUACAUCAUAAUUGACAAGCCUAUUGGUAAUGAUGUACGUGAAAAGAAUGGCAAUCAAAUGUGUACAAGCGAGAGUAUCUUUUGUGAAAAGCCACGUAACUCUUACACUGUACUAGUAGUAUUGGAAUAUGGAUUUUGGAAAAACAAACCUGCUACUAAAAUAUUGCUAGCACCUGGCACAGGUAGACGGCAUCAGUUGAGAGUACAUUGUCAUUAUAUCGGUCAUACAAUUAUAGGAGAUUAUACGUAUAGUAAUGGCAAAGAUAUACAGCCUCAUAGAACCUAUCUUCAUUCUUUCAGGUUAAUAUUAAACUGUGAUAAUAUUGAAAAUAUAGAUGUAAGAACAAUAGAUCCAUUUAAUGCUUCCAUAUUGUCUGAUUAUAAAGUAACAAAUGUAAUAAACAUAUUAAAUGAAAAUAUAUUUCACGAUAUAAGUAAAUAUAUGGAAUAAAAUUAAGAAUUUUUGUUAUAUAUGAUACACAGAUUUAUUGAGCCACUUUGACUCCAGAUUUGGUCACCAUGAAUUGAAAAGUAAUUCUUGGUAAGUGCGAAGCUAGCAUUAUGCAAGCAUAUCGUUUAGAAUUUCUUCUGUAAAAAUGUAUAGAAGAAGUGAUCAUACUUGACCAAGUAAAUCCUAAAGCUGGUUGUUCAAUUGCAUUUUCAGAUAUAAUACUAUGAUUAUCUAUAACUGCAGAAACCUAGAAAGAUAUAAAAAUUAAUACUGUAUAUCUGUUAUAAUAAAUAUUUUAAGAUUUCUUUACCUGAUUAAUGCAGAUUA